CCCGGCGGUGACGUCAUCGCGUCGCUUGUCAACAAUGUCUGCCCAGGCGAUGUUCUCGUCUCUGUGGAGGGGUUGGCCCAGGCGCAAUGCCAUCCCAUCCAGAGCUCUCUACUCCUCCUCCUCUCCCCAUUCAGGCAGGAUCGACUCGGUGUUGGUGGCGAACCGGGGUGAGAUUGCGUGCCGCGUCAUCCGUUCGGCGAGGGCCAUGGGGGUGCGGAGCGUGGCGGUGUUCAGUGACCCCGACGCUGCAGCCAUGCACGUCGCCAUGGCGGACGAGGCGCACCACAUUGGCCCCGCGGCCUCCCAGCUGAGCUACCUCAACAUGGACAGGAUCCUGGAGGUGGCUCGACACUCGGGGGCUCAGGCUGUGCACCCAGGCUACGGGUUCCUAUCGGAGUCUGCCGAGUUUGCCGAGCGGUGCCAAGCGGCCGGCGUCGUCUUCGUCGGACCGCCCGCCUCCGCCAUCCGAGACAUGGGGUUCAAGAGCACAUCCAAGGCCAUCAUGGAGGCGGCCGGGGUGCCAAUCAUCAAGGGUUACCACGGCGACGACCAAUCAGAGGGGCGGCUGAGAAAGGAGGCGGAGCUCAUCGGCUACCCGGUGAUGGUCAAGGCCGUGAGGGGCGGCGGUGGCAAGGGCAUGCGGAUUGUGCGUAGCGACGCGGAGUUUGAGGAGCAGCUGGGAGCGGCGCGCCGAGAGGCGAUGAAGUCGUUCAACAACGACGACGUCAUCAUCGAGAGAUACGUCGAUAACCCACGGCACGUGGAGGUACAGGUGUUUGCGGAUCACCACGGCAACGCCGUCUACCUGUUUGAGAGAGACUGCAGCCUCCAGCGGAGGCACCAGAAGGUCAUCGAGGAGGCUCCAGCGCCGGGGCUCUCUGAGGAGGUUCGCAGGGAGAUUGGGGAGGCGGCCGUCAGAGCAGCGAAGGCGGUGAACUACGUGGGGGCCGGCACGGUGGAGUUUGUGAUGGACGCUGCUCAGCGUUUCUUCUUCAUGGAGAUGAACACGCGGCUCCAGGUGGAGCACCCCGUCACGGAGCUCGUCACCGGCACCGACCUCGUCGAGUGGCAGCUGCGGAUAGCAGGUGGUGAGCGUCUCCCGCUGAGCCAGGCGGAGCUGCGUGUGCGUGGCCACGCCGUGGAGGGCCGUGUCUACGCCGAGGAUCCCUCCCGCGGGUUCCUGCCCGUGUCGGGGCGGCUCCACUUCCUGUCCCCGGCGCCCGCACCCGGAGGCCACGUCCGCGUGGACACGGGCGUGAGACAGGGGGACGAGGUGACGUCGCACUACGACCCCAUGAUCGCCAAGGUCGUGGCGUGGGGCGAAGAUCGCGACACGGCGCUGGGGCGGCUGCACCACGCGCUGAGCCAGUACCACGUGGUGGGCGUGGAGACCAACGUGCCCUUCCUGCUGUCCCUCGCUGCCCACCCGGCGUUCCGUGCCGGCCUGGUGGACACCGGCUUCAUCGAGCGCCACCAGCACAGCCUGGCCAUGGCCACCACCGCCACCACCACUGCCACCACCACCGCCACCACCGCCACCACCACCACCACGGUCACCACCACGGCCACCACCACCGCGGCCGUAUGCCGGGCAGCGCUCGCUGUGAUACUGCGGGAGAAGAGGGAGACGCAGAGAUUCCGUGACGCUUCGCACGACUCGGUGUCUCCGUUUGCCGGGAGCUGUGGACAUCGCCUCAACUCGCAGCAGACUCGGAGACUCGCGCUGAGACACGCGGAGACAGAUGUGCAGGUUGAUGUCAAUUACAACACAGAUGGCUCCUACACCAUGCAGAUUGGUGAGCAGACUCACCGGGUGAGCGGUGAGCUGCUGGGUGAGCAGGUGAUGCGCUGCCGGGUGGACGGCGUUGUCUGCCAGCCUCACCUCGUCUUUCACGACGACAGCGUCCACCUCCUGGACACCGCUGGCUGUGUCUCCGUCUCGGUUCCCGUCCCGCAUUUCGUCUCCGCCGCGGCCGCCCCCACCGCCAUCGCCGGGGCCGUCGCCCCCAUGACCGGCACCAUCGAGAAGGUGAUGGUGAAAGUGGGUGAUGUGGUACAAGCCGGGGACCCGCUCAUCAUCAUGAACGCAAUGAAGAUGGAGCACACGAUCCGUGCCCCCCGCGGGGGCCGGGUGAAGGCCGUGCUCUUCGCUGAGGGGACCCAGGCGGCGCGCCACGCCGCCCUCGUUCGCUUCCACGAAGACGCCGAGUGGACGGGGGACGCCGCACCCCCCCCUCAGGCCUGAAGCCUGCCGCUCCACUGAGUAGACAAGGCCUCAAGCCUGCCGCACCCCCCCCCCCCUCAGGCCUGAAGCCUGCCACUCCACUGAGUAGCCGAGGCCUGAAGCCUGCCACACCCCCCCCCCCCUCAGGCCUGAAGCCUGCCGCUCCACUGAGUAGCCAAGGCCCAAGCCUGCCACUCCACUGAGUAGACAAGGCCUUAAGCCUGCCGCUCCACUGAGUGGUUAUAGGCCUGAAGCCUGCCACUCAUCAGAGUAGACAAGGCCUGAAGCCUGCCACUCCACUGAGUGGUUAUAGGCCUGAAGCCUGCCACUCAUCAGAGUAGACAAGGCCUGAAGCCUGCCGCUCCACUGAGUGGUUAUAGGCCUGAAGCCUGCCACUCAUCAAAGUAGACAAGGCCCUAAGCCUGCCGCUUAACUGAGUAGCCAAGGCCUGAAGCCAUCUCUUUUCCUGGGUGGUUGUAGGCCUGAAGCCUGCCACUUUACUGAGUAGCUAAGGCCUGAAGCCUGCCGUUUUCCUGGGUGGUUGUAGGCCUGAAGCCUGCCGCUCUCCUUUGAAGCUAUGGGCCUGAAGCCUGUCACUAUCCUGGGUAGUUGUAGACCUGUGGUUUUGUUUUGUUUUUUUUGCAAAUGUGGUUACUCAUUUCAAAUCCUUUGAUCACUGAUUACUUGAGCAGCUUCGGGAACAAAAGUGAGAGCGCGAUUUCUAGCAUCGGUGGAAGGUUGACUCCAUCCGUGCGGGCCUCUUUCGAGUGCCCGACCCACCCGCUUGCACAUGCCGCUUUCGUUUAACACGGAGGCUUUACGCAAGCAAUUUUGUUCGCGGUGAAUGUUUUUCGGUUAGUACGCGUAGAUGCAUCGUAACCGCCGAUUAGUUGACUGCUUCAGCCCACCGGUGUGCUGGAGAGAGUAACUCCGCAAGAUUUACGAUUUGAGUUGCGACGACGUGGAAAAUCGCCCGAUGACGCUGCGGAUGUGAUUGCCGGCGAAACGUCAUGGUAGCCAAAUUGUAAAUGUUGUGGAUUUUAUUCUGCGACAUACACUACUCUCUCCACUACACUAUAUACUACACUUGUGGUGGACAUGCAAACCACACGUGUCAGCCGUGGCUGGGGCCAGAGGUCGCAACCGGGUACCCGAUACCCGUACCCUAUCCGAUAUCCGGCUACCCGUACCCGGCCGGGUACGGCUACCCGUUUGCGACCCUGGUGCGGCCGGGUACGGGUAGCCGGGUAGGCCGUGAGUCACUGGUGAGUCACCGUUUGUCACUCAUUUCCCAACGUCUUGUCUCUUCUCACAAUUCAAGUUCCUAGAAUCAACCCACCCGCGCCUGCAAUAUGGCUUCAUCCCAGAGGUCGCAAUCGGGUACCCGAUACCCGGUAGGGUACGGGUAGGGUACGGGUACGGCCGGGUACGGGUACCCGUUUGCGACCCUGGUGCGGCCGGGUACGGGUAAGGAAUCAAAACCCGUGUGCGACCUCUGGCUGGGGCCUAACAAUCACGGUUGGCGGUGGCGGUCUCGCCGUCCAGGACUGUUUCGUAACUUAAUCAUUUCGGAGAUGAAACUUCACCCGAUUCGGAUGGAUCGUUUCCGCGUGCGUGUGUUCCCUAGGUCGACUCAGCCUUGAAUGAGUUACCUGGAGCGGUGGUGUGGUAAACAUCGCCGCUGGGGAGACAAAGGCGGCCGGGCGUGGUGCUGGCCACCCACCCCCUCGUGUGCCACAGUGCCGGUAGCCUUCAUAGGUGCUGCUCGCUAACAGCACUUGUCCCAACAGUCUGUUAAGGCUACAUGGGGAAUCUUUGUCUUUGUGUGUGCGGUGAUUGGUGACCGGGCUGAGACGAUCAGCUCACUGCACCUGUAAACUCAUUUUGAUCUCAA